UGUCAGUUUGCUUUCGAUCAAAGCGUCCAAAACAGCACCAUGAACUCUUAUUGCUUUGUUGCCUUCGUCGCUUGUUUGGCCGUUGCCAACGCCGGAGUAGCAGUACUGCCUUCAGCGAAAAUAAUCCAAGGACCCAGCAGCAGAACCACUGUGGUUGGCCCUGAUGGUAGCGCAAUCUCCUCCGUUGCUCCUGCUGGCCAAAUCAUCCAGGAAGAAAGUGUUGGAGUUGUUGCCCAAACCGCCCCGGUUGUAGCUGCGCCAGCUGUUGCCUACUCAGCGCCUGCUGCUGUAGCUUACUCGCUCCCCGCUGUUGCAUCCGCUCCAGUAUUGUCUGCUUACUCAGCUCCAAUUGUAUCUGCAUAUUCCGCACCAGUUGUGUCUGCCUAUGCUGCUCCUUUGGUGUCUGGAGUUGACACUGUUGUAGCUGGACCAUCCGGAACCAUUGCAACUGGAAGGACCGUAGGUGCUCCCGUAGUGAGCGCAUGGUAGAUUUUUCGUGCUGGACAUCUCUUCAUACACUUGUAUAAUUGGAUUUCAAUAAAACGCUACUGCACUGAACGAAA